AUGGAAACUUUUAAAGAAACUGUAAACAAUGAAAAUGCUGCUGCUACUCAAGAAGCAGAAGAGGAAAACGACUUAUUUGCAGAUUUAAAUCUAAAAACUGCAAAAACCACAAAAACCACAACGACACAACAACAAUCUUUUUCAAAACAUCAACAAACACCUUCACUUCCACCCAUUCUACCAGAUCAUCCUUCAAAUGUUCAAUGGGACACUAUUACCAAGCAAAUGGAACAAAUAGAAAUGGAAUUAUCAAAUUUAUAUAAAGAACUAAAUCAAUUAUCAACAACUCAAUCACAAUUAUAUGAUAAUAGGAAUGAAAUUUAUAGAAAUUUAAUAGAGAAUUGGCAAAAAAUGAAAUCAUUAGAGACAGACCAAGCAAACUCUUUAACAAAAGAGGAUUAUGCAAUUGCUGACCGACUAACACAAAAAAUAAAAGAACUACAAUCAUUCAUGAUGCAGAAAAAGAAUUUAUUGUCCAAUGUUGAUAAAACAUUGAAUCAAUUAUUUGGAAAACAAAUUAAUUUAUUAAGAAAAAUUAAUGAGUUGAAUGGAAGAUUAGAGAAGGAACUUUCAACACAAAAAAAUCAAGAAGAUGAAUAUUUAAGGCAGUUUAAAGCAGACAUGGAAAAUUUACAUACUGUUGAAGAUAGUCAUAUUAAUAAAUUGAGAGAAGAAAUUGAAAAAGAGAGAAGUAAUAUUCAUCAAAAUAGCAAUAUUGUGUUAGAUUUAGACUUAUGGAGUAAAGAAGAAUCAGAAUUAAAUGAAAAAAUUGAUGAGAAAACAAGAGACGAGAAAUUGGAACGGGAUUUAUUAGUGAAUAAGCAAGAAGGAAUUAAAAUGAAAAUCUUGGAUCUAUUAAAACAAAUUGAACAAUUGAAAAUUGAAGAAAACGACUUUAGUCAACAGAUUGGUGCAAUUGAUAAAAAAAUAGAAAGCCUAAGUCAAGAAUUUAACACUGACAGAGAAUCACUAGCAAGAGAAAAAUUUGAAUUAGACAAAAGAGGAAUUGAAAUUGAAAACAAUUUGAGACUAGUAGACGAACAAGAAAAUAAAUUACAUCAAAGAUUAGAACAUUAUGAUAAACAAUAUGACUCGCGCAGAUUGGAAUUGGAAUUAUUGGAGAAACAUAUAGCUGAAAUUAAGAUUAAUAAUAAAAUUUAUAAUGAAGAAUUUAUUGAAAUUGAAAAAUUAGUUGAAAUGUUAAAAGAUAGAGCUCAAAGAGAUUUUGAUUGUGAAAAAGAAAUAUCCAAUGUUAGGAAGAAGUUAGAAGAAAUCGAUGGCGAAGUUAAACGUUUAACAUCUAAAGUUAUACAAGACCAACAAACAUAUUCAACAAUUCAACAAGAUAUUACCGCAAUCAACACUCAAAUACCAUCUUUAGAAGAACAAAAAAAAUUAGCAGUUUCUGGAAGGGAUUUUAAGUCAGCUGGAAGAUUAUCAAGUCGAAUUAAGGACUUACUGGCAACUAAAGAUGAACGUCAAAAAUAUUUAGAAUUAAAACGUUCAAGUUUAGGAAUUGAUCAAGAAAAUUUGAGAAAAGCAAGAGAAAAUUUGGAACAUUACAAUUUAGAGUUGGUUGAAAUUGAGGAAAAAAUUGGAUCUGAGUUGCGUGAGGAAUUACAAGAAAUAUUGCUACAACUUCGAUCAAAAUAUGAUUUAUCAGUAGAAAAAAAUUUGACAAUAUUACAAGAACUAUUAAAACAUGAAAUCAAAGGAAUAGAAUAUCGUAUUGAAAAUAUUAAAUUAAGGUGUGGUGGUGGUGGUGUAUUGUUGAGUGAUAAACAAGGUGGCGUGGAGGAUAAAGGAGAUUUAUCGAAAGAAAAUAAAUUAAUGAACAAUCAUCAAAAUCAAAAUAAUUUGGAAAAUUCAUUGAAUAAUAAAGUUGUUAAUGAUGAUGAUAAAGUUCGUCUUGAAGAGUUGGAAAAAAGAUUACAAGAGGCCGUGGGUCAUGAAGAUUAUCAUCUUGCAGAUCAAAUACAAAAUGAGAUUGGGAAAAUUCACGAGAACGUUUAA